AACAACAUUAAUAAUUGUAAAUCAUGUUUGAAGGCAAGUUGGACAACAUGGCGGGGAUCAUGGACGUUCGCCUCCAAAUCGCUUGGCAAUUGUUGCUAUUUCUUGGACAAUGCAAAGAAAAGUGUCUUGCAUUUGAAGGAGGCAGGUCAACUUUUGCUGGAGAUGGCACAACAGUUUCAUCUAUCUUGGCGACUCAUGAAACAGUCCCAUCAGUUGCACUCGAAUUCAACUCGAGUGAACCAGCCCCCGACAGCAUCAAGUUCACCUGGAACACCAUCCCUUAUGACAGCACAGACGGCAACAUCUGGUAUCAAGCACAACUGACGCAUUCAGGAAGAGAGAUUGGCUGGAAGACUGUCAUAACCGAGUCUGUGACAUUUGAUGGCUUGUUGCCGUGUUCUCUCUACACCCUACAAGUGUGGCCUCAUAUCAGAGUCGAAAGAGGGCCUCCAAUGUUAGUGCAGCAACGAACAAACACCAUUGUCCCAGAUGCUGUUAAAGGAUUGUCCUUCACAGUCUUUCGUUAUGGGCAACUAAACGUUAAAUGGAAAGCCUCGACAAACCCUGACAAUUCUUGCCGCGCAACAGACUUCCUUGUGACCUAUGAACUCACCAACCUGGAGCAGUGUCAGGAGAUGCAGGGAAACAUCAAGACAAGAAGCACGUCUAGGACUGCAAUCAGUAUACAAGGAUUGAAAGCGUACUCUACGUACAACGUGACUGUCACACCAAGAAAUGAAGCAGGGUUAGGCCAGUCACGCUCCAAACAAACGCAAACUGGGCGCACAGUACCAGUGGCAACACCUGUGAAUAUUACUAGUGUCGCUACAGCUAACAGCCUUUCAUUUGGUUGGGAUCCCGUCCCGUGUGGCAGGAGAGGCGGGCCGCUCACAGGAUACAGUUACAGGUUCGGAAAGAGUGGAAGUGGGAGACCUAUGACGAGCAGGGACGCCGGUAGUGAUUCCGCAACAUUCCUCUCACUACCUGCGUGUACGUCAUACUGGUUCAAAGUUCGAGCAUACAGUUCGGCAAUAUGGAAUUUCGGACCAUGGACAGAUGAGACGCAAGCAGACACACAAAUGAUAGUUCCAGACCCCGUUGAAGGACUUACACUCACACCCCUUGGCCACGAUCGACUGGUCGUACGAUGGAGUGCCUCGUCCAAUACAAACAACAAUUGCCAUGCGACAGACUACCACGUGACCUAUGAACUCAUCAACUUGGAGCAGUGCCAUGAGACGCUGGAUCAUAAUGUUAGCACAAUUAAUGUGUCUGUGACCACCAUGACGAUAAAUGGACUUCAUGCGUACUCGUCGUACAAUGUGACGGUUACACCACGAAACGAGGCUGGGUACGGCCCAGUGCUGUAUCAAACAGUUCAAACGGGUGAAAGAAAACCAACGGGAACCCCAAUACUCGGCGAGAGCACCGCAUCGUCUGACAACAUUACUUUCACCUGGUCCCAAGUUCCUUGUGGCGGUAGAGGAAGCGCUACUACGAUGUACCGGUACAAGUUCAUGAAGAGAGGCAACACGAUCGCAAUAGAAAAAGAUGACACAACUGCGAUGUCCGUCACAUUUCGCGGUUUAUCACCUUGCACAUCGUACGCAUUCGUGGUCCGCGCAUUCAAUAGUAAAGGACAUGGACCUUGGACUGAUGAGUCAUACCAAGAUACAGCUGAAAUCCACUCUCUCAACCUCGAACCCUCAACCGAUGAAAUCAAGGUUUCUUGGACAACUGCUGGGAACGAGGACAACCCUUGCCCCCCUGUGACCUCGUACCGCGUGAGUUACCAGCUUCUCAAUUUGGAGCAGUGCCAACAAAUGACCGAUCCAGCACUGAUACAUGCGGCAGUUGUGGAUGGCAGUGACAUCGACUUGACAUCAAUGCAUACUUACUCUACGUACAUUGUGCAAGUUGCCCCAGCAAAUAAUGCUGGCGCGAAAUACAUGAAGAGUAAGACAGUUACGACUGAGGAGGGAGUGCCAUUGGCUGCUCCCAAACUCGAUAAUGUAUUCUGGUCCAAUCGGAGCGUCCGAAUGUUUUGGCAUCCCAUUCCCUGUGGCAAAAGAGGCGGUGACAUCACAGGCUACGCGUACGAGCUUCGUGACGCAUCUGGGUCCAUUAUACAAACAGCCGACACCACAGCAGAGUCUGUUGAAGUCGAUGGUCUGUCACAGGGGGGAUCCUACUCCUUCAGGAUGCGGGCGUUCACGCGUGUGGGACCGGGACCCUGGAAGGAAGUUGAUUUCGAUAUUCCCACAGUUGACACAGGGGCUCGGGAAACGUCUGGAAGCGGCGUCGCUGGUCCAGCCUUCAUCGGUGUGGGAUUAGCCCUUGGCAUCAUAUUUUCCGCGGCUGUUGCCGUGCUGGUAGCUUUUGCAAGACACUUUCGAAUACGUUGUCUGCAGACCAUGAGGCCGGAUGGUACCACCUCGCCGAACACUGGCGGCCCAGAUAACGCCGAUGCGAUAUACUUUGACAUCAAUGACGAUGUCGAAUUGAAGAAGAUGUCAGCAACACCAAGCCGUGAAUCAGCUACUGGGGCAUCCACUGUGCCGUCCGGGAAAUCAACAACACGUGUGUCGGCACCUCGAGCAUCCACCAAACGUUCAACUACGAAGGCAACCAAAAAGACUAAGAUGGCGGACGGUCAGAGUGGUGCGCGCCACUACGAAAACACGGUAAUUCCGUAGCUCCACACUGAGAUUGGACUAAAAUAGAUUUCAAGACUACAAAGAUAAAUGUACGUUUGUAUCAUUUUGCUUGAGAAAUGCUGAAUUAAAGUGCCAUAUGUAAGCAAUACUUAAGCCCGAGACCUAAUCGUUUCAAACAUAAAUACAGGCAAUUGUGGACGGUUGAGGGCGCUGUUUAGCCCAAACAAAUUGCACGUGCGAGUGUGUGAUCACACCAGAAUCCUUUUUUUUUUUUGUCGCAGGGGAGUGAUUUAACCACUUAAUAAUUGGCCGGCUUCCUUGAAAAAGGAAUGGGUGAAUUUUGCCUUAAAUAAAAGGAUCUGCUUAAAAUGACAAAGGCUAUCUAGUUUUGCUGCGAUUAAGUAAUGUUUGAUUUUUAAAUGUGAUAUUGGAUCUGCAUAUUGUUCUGCUGAAAUAAUGGUUUGAUACUAAUAAUGCACAUUUAUUCAGAAGAUAUUUACGCUUCAUUGUUGAUUGAAUGAUGUAAACUGUUGCGCGGUUUCUAAGAUGGCUAGGCACUCCGCAUGAAUUUGAAGAAAAAAAACCAAUAACCUUAUUUUUAUUUUAUUAAUGGAAAUUAUAUGAAUGCUAUAUAUGUAGCCGUCCCAUUCAUUUGGACGAAAUGGAUGACAAUCAUUAAUUUUGUUAAUUGGCUUUUGUUAUUCUGUAUGUAAUUAGAGCCAAACUUUACCAAAUUAUACAGUCUAGCAAAAUCUGUCGCCCUAAAAUCUUCAGACUCCAUCGUGACUUCGGUGAAUCUCACAAAGACCUCUUGUGGGCGACCCCUUUGU